CGUCGGAACGUUCGGUGUGACUCGUAUAUUGUUUCUGUUUUUUUUUUGUUUGUGAAACGGCAAUCAACUAAAAAACAAGUAGAACUUUCGUGUACCAAGUGAAAAAAGAAAAAAGUGCAAAUAAAAACAAACAAGCUACAACACAUAGUUUGACGUGGUAAACAAACAAGGACAAACAAUUAGUGGCAGUUCUGAUCGAAGUGAAUAAUAUCAAUGCGGAAACUGCGCCAAGCUUGAAUACGACAAAAGUUGAGUGUGAGCAGAAGCAGUGUUUAUUUUUGUUUUUAAGUUUGCAAUUCAACGUCGGGAAGUCUUAUUAAAUUCCACUCGUAAUUUUUGCAAAUCAUCCAAAUAAGUGCGAAAUUGUGUAAACAAAGAAAAUUAUUUAAAUGCAAAUUGUGCCACUUAAAGUGAACCUAAGGAAUCAGUGAAAAUCGGCGCAUAUUCGUGUGCCAUGCAAUGAAGCAAUAACAAAGCAACAAAACUCUCAGAAGUGUUGUGUAUAAUUACAAAGAAAUAAAAGAAAAUAAGCGAAGUACAGUUGAAAAAAAUUAAAAAAAACAAAUUGGUGAUCGCUGAUUAAAAGUUAAUGAAGUACCAAAAACUAUAUGCAUACAUACAUAUAUAUGUGACAUACGUACACACCAUACAUACGCGUGUAUUCUAAGUGAAAAUACUUACAACAAUAAUUACCAAAAAGGAAUUGAGGAGAAUCACUGAUCACAACCAGCUGACUUCCGAGUUCUGUGCGAAUAAUGCCAAAUUCCAUCCAAAUAAGAAAAAUAAAGAAUACGAUGACGCCAUCGAACGGAACGUGACGUAAGGCAAAACGCUAAUACAAAAACGAAAAACCACAACCAAGCGCACCAAGCGCAGAGCUUUUAACUAACAUAGAACAUAGCAAAGUGAAAGGUGCAGAAAGGUCCGGAAGAAAAACGGCAUAUUGAAUGAAAAUAAAUAUUGGUAAUUUUCCAAUAAUCUAUCGAGUCUUCGGCCGCGUGGAGAACUCCUCAUCAAUGUAACAUUAAUGCGAAAAGUUGAUCGAAAACUUGUUAGCGAAAAUGGACGUUAAAUGUGAAAGAUUGAUUUCGCACAGCGACAAUAGCCACAACCACGUGGCCGUACACGAACUACGUCACGAUAAUAUAGCGCGUAUAGAAAGACAAUCGGUGGUGGCAAGCUAUACGCUACGAAGUCGGCGAAGAUCGGCAGCAGCAGCAGCAGCGCAACGCAUCCAAAAUGCUACAGACACUGGUGGAGGAACGCCGCCGCAGAGCGUUCAACACGGAGCGAAUAGAUACGGAACGAAAGCGGCGAGGGCCACAUUCACAUCACAACAAAAGCCAGCCGCAAGCGAAAUGUCCGCGUCAGUGGACGGUGCAGUAGUUGUGGGGCAAAAUGUGUGCGUCCUUUGUCGCCAGGGAGCGGAUAAAUGUUGCUCGCGAAAUUUUGGCAGUUUUACAACACCAUCUGCAACAGCAGGCAGCAGCAGUAGUGGCAUGCGAAAUGUGCAAGCCAGCAGUGGCAGCAGCGUGCGGCGAGUAGCAGCAGAGCCUGACACUUGGCACAGCAGCAGUUUUCAGCGCAUACGGCAGCCAAUUGAUAGUACAACAGUUGAAGCACCACCAACAAUAAGUGCAACAACAAACGCAGCUAAGCGGCAGUGUGGCAACGCAGAGAGUAGCGCUACGCAGUGGGCAUUUGCGCACGACGACAGUUGUUUAUUUCAUACAGCAAUAACAAGGCUGACGAAUAGUGGUACAAGCGCGCUAGCAAACGCGCAGCAGCAACACACGCAACCUAAUGAUGGAACGGCAUCGACACCUGUGUAUUGCAACUGCCAACAGCGAACGCCGCAAAGUAUGAGUUGUGUGCCGCAAACGCCACCUGCGCCAACUGCUGCGACCACAUCACACUUAACAAAGGCAGCAAUAAUAACAGCAACAACAGCGCCAGCUCAUUCGUCUUCAAGCGUAAAUUUGGAGCUGCGAUCAGUGGACGAAUGCGCCACAUCGUCAAAAGCAACAGCAACACCAACACCAGCAUCAUCAUCAUCAGCUUCAGCUUCAGCAUCAUUAGCACUCGCCGCCGGUACAAAUUUCAUUGAGCAACGCAAAUAUAUGCUAAACGAAGCACCAACAACAACAGUAGCAACAAGCAUGCAUUCACCUGCGCCCUUUGCAACAACGUUGCGUACAUUUCAGUUGUUGUUGUUGUGCAUACAGAUGCAAUUAUUGCGACCCAUUUACAAGCAACUCAAUAGUUUUCUACACAAAGCCAAUAGCAAUCGCAGUAGCAGCAGCAGCAGCAAAAACAAAAGCAACAAACAGCAUACGACGAAUAGUAAUAGGAUCCAUAGAAAUAGUAAAAAUAGUAAUACGCAAACGAAAUCCAAUAAAAGACAACAGAAACAAAAUCCACAACUGCAGCAGCCGCAGCCGCAGCAGCAACAACAACAACAACGUCCUCCACUUUUAAGACUGAUGAAACUAAUUCGCUGUAAUUCCUACUACAAUAAUAAUAAUAAAGUUAAUGAUAACAAUUUAAUUAAUAACUAUAACAAUAAUGCCACAAAUAUAUUUAAUGCAUCACACAAACAACAACUACAAUACGCCAACGCCAACGCCAACAACCAUAGCUCUAACAAUAGUACGUUUAGUAACAGUAAAUGCUCGCAACUGCAACAUCACAUGCACCACCGCACAGUACAACAACAACAACAACAACAACACCAACAACAGAUAUUACAACAAGAACAUCACUGCAAUUUAAUGACCACAUCACGUCAGCAAAAUUUGCAACACCAACAACAACAACAAAAAGAUAUAGUGCAACAUCACCUCAAAGCAAACGUAUUCGCUUCAACAUCGUUGCAACUGCAACUACAACAUUUGCGCUACUUCAAAAUGCCAAAUCUCUCAUUCUUGUAUAUGCUACUGAUUGCCCUCUCGUUCCUAUCGCUCUUUCUGCCAUCAAUAAAUGCCCAAGCAUCGAAUGCGAUUGCAACAGCUGCUGCCUCAGCGCCGGUGAGCAAUGACGUGCGCCCUUCACAGGUGGCCUUGGGCCGCAAUGAGACUGUGUGUCGCUCGUUGGAUGUACGAAACUCUCCGAGCGAAUUAAGUCAACUAAGCAAUUGCACGGUCAUUGAAGGUUUCCUACUCAUCACACUCAUCAACCAACACAACACAGAAGAAUUUCCACCAGCUUUUCCGCUGCUCACUGAAGUCACGGAAUUCAUAAUCAUAUAUCGGGUGCACUAUUUACGAUCGCUGUCACAAAUCUUCCCCAACUUGAGUAUUAUACGCGGCACGACCCUAUUUGAAGGCUAUGCACUCAUUGUAUACUAUAAUCCGCAUCUGGAAGAUUUGGGUCUAUCCAAGCUGACAACGAUAUCACGUGGCGGUGUACGCCUUGAGAACAAUAUUGUGCUCUGUUACGUGAAGACAAUUGCGUGGAAACGAAUUUUGAACGGCGACGCCGAAAUAUCUAUCGACAACAAUAGCAAAGAAAUCGAGUGCCCCAAAUGCCCAGGAGAUACAAGGACUAGCAGGCUGGAAGAUGGCGCCGAUAGUGGGUUGGCUUGUAAGGAGUUCGAUGGACAAAGACGAUGUUGGAGCAGUAAAAAGUGUCAGAAGAUCUGCCCUGAUCAUUGUAAGCACAACUGUGUCAAUGAGGAUACCUGCUGCAAUGAGAAUUGUCUGGGCGGUUGUUCUCCCACCAACUUAUAUGAGUGCAACAGCUGUCGUGAUUUCGCCAUCUAUAACAACACCUGCAUCGAUCAGUGCCCAGAAGGUUACUUCAGCUACUUGGAUCGUCGCUGUCUCACCGCUGACGAGUGCAUUACCAUUGGCACUAAAUUCGAAAACAACAAACCGCAGAGCAUUGUGCCUUAUGACGGUAAAUGCUCGACUCGUUGUCCGAAUGGUUACAAUAAGAUCGGCACAACUUGUCAGGCUUGCGGCGACAACUGUGUGAACAAGUGUGAUGGUGCGCUGAUUGAUAGUGUGGAACGCGCUAAGGAUUUCACUGGUUGCACGCACAUUGUCAAAAAUGGACUGACGAUAAGCAUCAAGCGCGGCGGAAAGCAUUUAAUGGAAGAACUGGAAUCUGGAUUGUCUUCCAUACAGGAAAUCAGCACAUUUCUGAAGAUACAGGGCACGUAUGGCUUGACUUCGUUGUCAUUUUUCAAGCAUUUGAAGCGAAUCAACGGCACUGAGCUAGAUGAGAAUAAAUUCGCCAUUUAUGCGCUUGAGAAUAAUGACCUCGAAACAGUUUGGGGCCCCAAUCGCACAGUGUCCAUUGAAAGAGGUCGUGUGUUCUUCCAUUUUAAUCCAAAACUAUGUUACAAUGAGAUUGAAAAACUACUUCCGAUGAUGAAAGAAAAUGCGACGUUCGAUAAAAAUGAAGUGGCCAGAGAUUCCAACGGACAUAAGGGGUCAUGUAACACCGAGCUGUUGAAUGUUACUAUCGCAAAGGUAUCGAGUCGUGUGGCGGUUGUACGAAUCGAGAAUCCAUUGAUAUUUGAUGAUAAUCGCACUUUCAUUGGUUAUCAAUACUUUUAUAUAGAGGAUAAGUACAAAAACGCCACCAAGUAUUCACAGCGCAUCUGUGAUGACGGCUGGAUUGUAAGUGACCCCACCAAGGAGACCCAGUACAUCUUCAUAAAUUUGCAACCAUUCACACAGUAUGCAUACUACGUUAAAACGUGGACAAUUUCGUCGGAGAAACGUAACGCACAAAGUCCUAUUAUGCAUUUUAAAACGAAGUCUGCUCAACCAAAACUCGUACACAGCCUAAACGCCUAUGCCAUAUCAAGCUCAGAAAUCGCUAUUGCAUGGACGCCACCCGAUAAUCCUCAAGGUAACCUCACAUCUUAUCGCUUGCACGCGACCCUCGAUAAGCGAAGUCAAGUAUUGGAUUCACGCGACUACUGCAAAGAUCCUGCACAAAUCGACAAAGACGAUGAUACAAAGGAUUCCACACGCCUAAGUCCAGGUGUGACCGAAGCGCCAAAUGCUGCCAACUGCAAAUGUGAUGGCGACAAAUCGCAAAGUCACAGUGACACCGAUACCAGCGAGGAGAGCAUUGUUGCUAGCAUUGAUUUCGAAAAUACCUUACAAAACUUUAUUUAUGUAAAACAUACUAAUGAUUCAAAGAGAUGGAGAAGCAGCAGCGAUUAUGAGAGCGACGCCUCUCUCACCGAUAUGGAUGCUAAGCGGCGGCGCAGACGACACAGUGAAGGUGACCCCGAGGAUAGCUUUCUUGUACGCCAUAUGCGUGGCGUGCCCGACAGUCGGGGAAACGUCAUAUCCAAAACCACCGCUGACGAUGCUAAUGCAGGAGAUGCUACCAUUAUAACAACUGCUGCACCGAUUGAAACCACUACACUCGGCAAUACCAACACAUCGACCAACAAUGACACGCGCAUGGAUCCUACCGGUCAAUAUUAUGAGAGCAUCAUGCUUAAUGUAUCCAUUACCACCAAUAAAUAUGUGUUCAAAGACCUCAAGCAUUUCUCCUUCUACACUAUCGGCGUCGAGGCAUGUCGUGAAUAUGAGAAGGGUGCCACAGAAAAAGAGUGCAGUGAUGUGCGCUUGCGGUUUGUGCGUACCAAAAAGUUGGAGGGUGUGGACAAGGUGCAAAACUUGCGUGUCGACUUGGUACCCACGAAUACGACACGCAGUGAUGUUCGCGUGCGUUGGAGUCCCCCCGAAAAUCCUAAUGGUGAUGUGGUUUCCUACACGAUUUCCUAUAAGAAAUCUGAACAAGAUGCAGCUGAAGAGAAACGUUGCAUCACUGAAGUCUUUUAUCGCAAUCUGACAAAUGGCUACGUAAUGCCACUGCCGACCGGCAAUUACAGUAUUAGAGUUCGCGCAAAUUCAUUGGCCGGCGAUGGUGUUUACUCAGAUGUUGUAUACAUUGACAUUCCACCCGAGAAAUGGUCUGGCGCUUUGAUUGCCGGCAUUUGUAUAGCAAUCAUUGGUGUUCUCUUGCUAAUGGGUGGCGUUUAUUGGUAUGUGCGACGGAAGUAUGCACCGCCAAAUGACAUCAAAAUCAUCCCCACCGUUAAUCCUUACUACAUUGGCCUGCAAUAUAAGAAAGAUAGUUGGGAGGUAGCACGAGAUCGUGUCAUACAAUUGUGUCCACUCGGUCAAGGCUCCUUCGGCAUGGUGUACGAAGGUAUACUCAAAGGCUCAAAUGACAGUACCGAAGAUACACCAUGUGCCAUUAAGACUGUAAAUGAAAAUGCAACCGAUCGAGAGCGCAUCAAUUUCUUGAGCGAAGCCAGCGUUAUGAAGCAAUUCGAUACGCAUCACGUGGUGCGGCUGCUCGGCGUUUGUUCAGUGGGCCAACCAGCACUAGUCGUAAUGGAGCUGAUGAAGUUCGGUGAUUUAAAGUCUUAUCUACGUGCACACCGUCCCGAUAGCAUACAAGGAGAUGAACUGCCGUUUAGGUACCGCGAGGCGGGCGUGCAGGCACCACCACUAAGUCGCGUUUUUCAGAUGGCCAUUGAAAUUGCCGACGGUAUGGCUUACCUAUCAGCCAAAAAGUUUGUGCAUCGUGAUUUAGCGGCACGCAACUGCAUGGUCGGCGCGGACCUGACGGUCAAAAUAGGCGAUUUCGGUAUGACUCGUGAUGUCUAUGAGACUGAUUACUAUCGUAAGGGAGACAAGGGUCUAUUACCAGUUCGCUGGAUGCCGCCGGAGAGUUUGCGCGAUGGCAUCUAUUCCACUGCCAGUGAUGUGUUCAGUUAUGGUGUGGUGCUUUGGGAGAUUGUCACACUCGCAUCACAACCAUAUCCCGGUUACUCGAAUGAUCAGGUGUUGCGUUUUGUCAUAGAGGGUGGGGUUAUGGAGCGUCCUGAUAACUGCCCUGAUAAAAUUUACGAAAUUAUGCAGCAAUGUUGGGAGCAUCGUCCCUCGAAACGACCAUCGUUCUUCAAGAUUAUAAACACGUUGUUCGAGCAUGUGGACACAGACUCCGAAGGUUACCUGGCACACUUCCGUUUAGUGUCUUACUUCUUCUCCGAUCAGGGUCUGCAGGAACGUGAAAAGGAACGCGCGGAAAGCAUGCGCACUUCCGGCGAUAUUUUUAGUGAAGAGAACGAAAUUGAUGAUGCUACCACUCCGUUGCGCACAGAUGAGUUCAACGAAUAUAAACUCAAUUUGGCCAACACUUCUUCGAUAGACCAUGAAGGCGAAAGUCCAAUGGCCAUUGAUGAUGACCAUCCCCACUCUCCAUAUAGUCAUAGCCUUGGUUCGGCGAACAUUGUCAGCAGCACACCAGAUGGGCAAUCGAAGAACAGUUACAACUUCUCUCAAAUGUCGCACAAUAACCCAACACUCCUCAGCUCGGUGCCUUCAACAUCAGCUGGUAUUGUCAGCGGUGGUUCUCAUUCACAUUCACACCCGCUGCAUCAACCGACUUCACACCAGCGCCAGACCCACUAUAGCCAAUUUCCCACUGAAGAGGCGGCCGCUAACUAUGUACUUCCCGAUUAUGAUCCCCAGACUGUGCUUGAUGGCAAGAAUGCGCCAAACAGUACAAUGGCCGGCGGAAGUGCCGAAACUGACGAACGCGGCUAUGAGAUGUACGAUCCAAGUCCUAACUAUCGUGAACACGUGCCAUAUGACCCGGCUUUAGAGGAAGAAGACUUCGAUGGUUUACCUUUGGGCGGCCAUAGUGCCCGUAUCGGCAGUGGCGGCCAGCAGCUAUUACCACGUCAUAAACCACGUCAGCGCAUGCCAAUCAUAAUGCCAAUGUCUAGCUCAAUGCCAGAUGAAAUGAUUGGCACACCGAUUUCCUCAUCAUUGCAUCCUUCCACAGCGUCGGCGGCCUCGUCAAAUGCUUCAUCAACAAAUGCGGCAACGGGCCGCUAUUCGAGUUUGAAAGCCGUGGCCGAUAAGGUGCAGUCUAUGCCGUUGCGUUUCAAAAACAUCAAUCGGCGCAUCUUCAAUCACAAACGCACAGGUAGCAAUAGCAGCCAAAAGAGCACCACUUCCAACCCCAAUACCACCACCUCGUCGAGUAGUAAUUCCAACUUAGCAGGUGCCACAGUUGGACGCGGCAAGAGUAUGAGCGGUCAGAAUUUGGGCACAAUCGAGAGCGGUGGCAGUGGCAGUGCUAGUAGCUAUGUAACGCCACGCUUUUUCACUCCCGCCUCCGACCAAAGCUCAAUGCUCACCAGAGACAAUCCUAACUACCGUUUACUAGAUGAGACCGCGAAUACUUCGUGCCUUACGGGCGCCGGCGAUGCAACACCUCACAGCACUGGCGCUUUCUCCACCACUGGUAAUACGAAUUACAAGCGCUUAGAUGAAUCGCUAAAUACAACAUCAACUCCGGGCAAACCAACUGUUACGCCAACCGCUGGCAGUAGCACAGCACCAUCGGGCAAUAGUUGCAUUUUCCCGCCAUUAAAUACCACCACCAAUCCUAACUACGUAGUAAUGAAUGAGCCAAUGGGUCUAGCUAUGCCACCGACUCGACUGCCGUACUCAAGCUCCACCGCUCCAAUGCAAUCCGCACAAUUAAGCGAGAGCACCGGAUACACAAUGAUGGGUCCUAUGGCACUGGAUCCCAGCAAUAAAGACUCCUCGACGUCAUCUGUCAACGAUGAUCCUAAAGAUGAUGAUGACGACGAUGACAACAAUGCCGACGAAGAUGAUGAGCCGACUGAGCAUAUCAAAAUGGAACUGCUCGGCGGCUGUCGGCGUGGCAGUGAUCGAGCACAACAACAUCGAAAGUCACGCGGCAAUCGAAGUCGCAGCCAAAGUCAAAAAAAAUUAGAUGAAAAAGCAGCAUCAAAGACUUGCAGCUCGCCGGCUACUACACCGUCUGGUGGUCUAGCAACUGCUGAUGAGGGUUGCAGCAGCUAUAUGGGCUUAACGCCAAUGACAACGACAACAACAACAACCGCAACUCCUGCCGCGUCUACACAGCCCAGACUAUCUGCGACAUAUUCGCUCAAGGAGAAAUGGUUACGCCAGCAAGCACAGCAGCCACCACAACCACCACCAAACGGCUUCAUAGGACGCGAGGCGUAGUAUCAGGCAGCAAAAGCAGAACGCAGAAAGAGGAAAACAAGGAAACGCACACUGCCGACAUAAAACGAAUAAUGAAUGGAGCGCAAAGAAGUUUACAUACAUACAUUAGUGUGUGCAAAUAAGGCAACUGCCGAAAAUAGUGCGCCGCUCAAAGCAAUUGUAAAUCAACUGUAAAUUCUCACAACAGCAACACACAACACAAUAUACAUCUACACCUACACCUACACAAAUGUACAGCAUACUUAUGUAUACCCAUUUGUGUUGGCAUGUAUUUAGGGGUAUGUAGAUAGUUCAUACUGAAUGCGACUUUUUGUUUUUGCUAUUGAUAUUUUUUUUUAGAAGAAUUCAAGAAAAAACUAAACAAAAUAUUUCAAAUACUAAACUGUACCACUCUGCUGUGUGUAUGUAUGAAUAUGUAGUAACUUUAGGUUUAGUUUGAGACGAUUAUGAAAUUUAUUAUAUGUAUGAGAAGAAAAAACAACAAAACAAACAAAAAAAAAACAAAGCUACACAUUAAAGAUUGUAUAUAUGAUAAAAUGAUAAAGAUUGUAUAUGAAUAUAUGUUUAAUAGUAUAUCUAAUAUGUACACGCUAGUUAAGAGAAUAUUUGUAGACAAAAUAAAAACAUGCAUAUUAUUUGACGAAGCAAAA